CUGCUUAUCAACCGCUCUUCCCAUUGGAUGCCGGCCUUUCGUGGGGCGGGCGCCGCGGGGAGGUGGAAGUAGUCGCAGGAAUGGCGGUGGCUGUGUCCCUCGCUCUUCUGGUGCUGUUGCUCCUUUGGCCGGGCGGCUGGGGCCGUGCAGAGCCCCCACGCGACAGCCUGCGAGAGGAGCUUGUCAUCACCCCGCUGCCUUCCGGGGACGUAGCCGCUACAUUCCAGUUCCGCACGCGCUGGGACUCGGAGCUGCAGCGGGAAGGAGUGUCUCAUUACAGGCUCUUCCCCAAAGCCCUGGGGCAGCUGAUCUCCAAGUAUUCUCUACAGGAGCUCCACCUUUCCCUCACUCAAGGCUUCUGGAGGACCCGAUACUGGGGACCACCCUUCCUGCAGGCCCCAUCAGGUGCAGAACUCUGGGUCUGGUUCCAAGACACCGUCACUGACGUGGAUAAAUCCUGGAAGGAGCUCAGCAAUGUCCUCUCAGGGAUCUUCUGCGCCUCUCUCAACUUCAUCGACUCCACCAACACCGUCACUCCUACCGCCUCCUUCAAACCGCUGGGGCUGGCCAAUGGCACGGAUCACCACUUCCUGCGCUACGCCGUGCUGCCACGGGAGAUUGUCUGCACUGAGAACCUCACACCGUGGAAGAAGCUCCUGCCCUGUAGCUCCAAGGCAGGCCUCUCUGUGCUGCUCAAGGCUGAUCGCUUAUUCCACACCAGCUACCACUCCCAGGCAGUGCAUAUCCGCCCUGUUUGCAGAGAUGCACGCUGUACCAGCAUCUCCUGGGAGCUGAGGCAGAUGCUGACAGUUGUAUUUGACGCCUUCAUCACAGGGCAGGGGAAGAAAGACUGGUCCCUCUUCCGGAUGUUCUCCCGAACCCUCACGGAGCCCUGUCCCCUUGCUUCGGAGAGCCGAGUCUACGUGGACAUCACCAACCACAGCCAGGACAGUGAGACACUGGAGGUGAACCCGCCCCCCACCACCACAUACCAGGACACAGUCCUGGGCACCAGGAAGACCUAUGCUGUCUAUGACUUGUUUGACACUUCCCUGAUCACCAGUUCCCGCAACCUCAACCUCCAGCUCAAGUGGAAGAGACUCCCAGAGAAUGAGGCCCCACCGGUGCCCUUCCUGCAUGCCCAGCGCUACGUCAGCGGCUAUGGGCUGCAGAACGGGGAACUGAGCACGCUGCUGUACAACACCCACCCAUACCGGGCCUUCCCCGUGCUGCUGUUGGACACUGUGCCCUGGUACCUGCGGCUGUACGUGCACACCCUCACCAUCACCUCCAAGGGCAAGGAGAACAAACCAAGUUACAUCCACUACCAGCCUGCCCAGGACCGGCUGCAGCCCCACCUACUGGAGAUGCUGGUUCAGCUGCCAGCCAGCUCUGUCACCAAGGUCUCCAUCCAGUUUGAGCGGGCGCUACUCAAGUGGACCGAGUACACCCCAGACCCCAACCACGGCUUCUAUGUCAGCCCAUCAGUCCUCAGUGCCCUCGUUCCCAGCAUGGUGGCAGCCACCCCAGUGGCCCGGGAAGAGGGCCCCCUCUUCAACACCCUGUUUCCUGUCACCGAUGGCUCUAGCUACUUCGUGCGCCUCUACACAGAGCCACUGCUGGUGAGCCUGCCCACACCGGACUUCAGCAUGCCCUACAAUGUCAUCUGCCUCACGUGCACCGUGGUGGCCGUGUGCUAUGGCUCCUUCUACAAUCUCCUCACGCGGACCUUCCACAUCGAAGAGCCAAACAAGGGCGGCCUGGCCAAGCGGCUGGCCAACCUCAUCCGGCGCGCCCGGGGCGUCCCGCCGCUCUGAGAGGUACCCUCUUCAGCAGCUGUAGCUGCUGUUUCUCUCUGGGGCAGGGGGUGGUGACACCAGGGGCUGUCUCUGCCACUUGCUCUCCUGGUCACAGCCCAGCGUUGACUUUUGAGCCAAACUACCCCUGGACCAGCCAGGACCUGGAACUGUGCCGUCCAGUACAGAAGCCACUAACCGCAUGUGGCUGUUUGAAUUUACAUUAAUUUAAAGUAGAAAUGCACUUCCUCAGCUGCACUAGCCAUGUUUCAGAUGCUCAGUAGUCCCAAGUGGUUAGUGGCUACUGUAUCAGACAGUGCAGAAGAAAUGUUUGCGUCAUUCCAGGGAGUUCUAUUGGACAAUGGCGCUGGCCUAGAGACUGGGGUGUGCCGAAGAAUUUGUAUCCCUGUGUGGUAGAUGGAACUUACUGGUUGUGAAUAAAAAGUGGCUGCUUCCUUGG